CAGAAUUUUUUUUUUCUUUUUUUUUUUUUUUUUUGUGUGUGUGUGUGUGUAACCACGCCUACACAGUGGCUGCCAAGGCUUACCCAUGAGUUAAACCUUCUUUAGUUGGUAAUGAGGAAGGCGUGGGCUCUAGCAGUGGACACCCGAAGGCAGCAGUGGGUGAAAACAAGCAAAAUAAAGAAAAGUUUGGCUGUGAGAAGGUGCCAGACAGCCAGCCAUAGUGACGAGGAGGCAGGAAGGUAGCACCACCACAGGGAAGUCAGUCAACUGCCCAGUACCUCAAGGUACCACGUUGCCUGUGAUUGAGAUGUCAGGUGAAUCGGCUUUGGAAGAAGAUGAUUGGGAGAAACAUGGUGGUGUUAGCAGUGGAGAGCAGAGAGAGGGAAGCAAGCCAGGGACUGGAGGAAGCCUGGACAAACUCACGAGGGAAGAGUUGGUUACCAAAUGCCGGCAACUCUUGACACUGGCACAAAAGGCCAAGGCUGCCAAAGAUGAAUGUGUGGCUGAGCUGAGACAUGUGAAGCCAGCAGCCGAACGGUGUGAGGUGGCGGAGGGACGAGUGCAGCAGGCAGAGUCGCAGGCUGAGGCAUUGCAGGAAAUGGUGGCCAACCUUACAGAGGGCAAAGUGGCUCUUACUACCAAGAUUGAGAGUUUGCAGCGACAGUUCAAGCUGGCUUCCAGUGAAGUUGAUUCCUUGCAAGCAGUAGAGAGUGAAUUGUUGAAAGAGAGAAAUCAGCUGCAAGCCAAAAAUGCUGAACUUAGUGAGGAGCAAAAGAAAAAUAUUGUCAAAGUGAAGGAACUUGAGACCUCUGUUAGGAAAGCAGAAUUGUUGGAAAGAACAUGGGCACAAGAAAAGCAGAAUCUGGAGGAGAAAUUAGAAAACUUUCAAGCACAGAUUGGACAAAUUGAUGUUCUGAAGGCUAAGUGUAAGAAACUUUUGGGUGAAAAAAAUUCACUUGAGGAGGAAGUUCAGAAGCAACAGAAUCAGGUGGCCAAGUACUCAAAGUUGCAGGGUGAAGUGACUGCUCUAAGGGAAGAGAAGAAGGCAACAGACAUUGUGCUACAGAGUACCAAGAAGGAAAAGCAAGACCUAGAAGAAAAGCUGAAAAGCCUCGAGUGUGAAGUGUUACACAUCAAGAAAGUGAAGGAAGAAGGAGAUGAAAAUGCACAUGCAAGUGAUAUGAAGGUUAAGGACUUGGAGGAGAAGAUAACAUUGCAAGAAAAAUCUCUUAAGGAAAGUGAAAAAUGCAUUUCAGAAUUACAGGAAAAGUUGCAGAGGCUAGGGGAAGAAAAAAUCCAACUAGAGAACAAUAUGAACCAGAGAGAAAAGGAGGAAGAAGAAGAAAUUGAAAGUCUGAGACAAGAGCUAAGCACUGAGAAAGAGAACAGCCAAAAACUGAUGCAACAAAUUAAGGGAUUAGAAGUACAGGAAGAUACAAGAGCAAGUUAUUCCUUGGAAAUGGAAGAUCUGCAGGAAAGUCUUAAGAAAAUGAAGGAUCAGUUGGAUGAGAAAGAUUCAGAACUGGUUAUGUUGAGAGAAGAGAAGUCAUGUAUUAUAAAGGACGUUAAAGAUAUCAAAGCAAGAGAGGAAUUGUUACAACAGCAAAAAAGAGAGAUAGAAAAUAAGCUUGAAUUGUCAGCUAAAAACUUAAAUGAAAUCAAGGAAGAAUUAAACAUUACAAAAAAUGAGAAGACUAAUCUAAAUGAAAAAUUAAAAGAAACUGAGAUUGAGAAUAUGAGCCUGACUGAAGACAUGAAGAAGAUCAGAAUUGAAUGCACUGAUCUUCAGCAGUGUAGAGAACUAUCUGAAGAAUUAACUGCAAAAGUCAGUCAACUUAAUAUUAAUAUACAGCAAUCUAGUGAAGAAAUUUCAAAACUACAUGAAGUUAAUGAACAGCUUAAACAAACAAUAUCUCAGUUACAGAAAAACAUCAAAACUUUAGAGGAGGAAAAUGUAAAAUUAAAAGGUGAUCUUUCUCAGGCUGUGAGUGAAUCUGAAAAGAAUAUAGAUGGUGCCAAAGAGGAACAGCAUAAGGCUGACCAAUUGGCUGUACACAUAAAGAAAAUGGAAGCAGAAAAUGAGGAAUUAAAAAUUAAAGUUGAGAAACUGAUGACUGAGGCAGAUGAGUUGAAACAAACACUGAAGAAGGUGCAAGACUGUGGAGAAUGGCUAAUCAGGGAAUGUCAAGAGACCUAUCCUUUGUUGAGCCAGAAUGUUUUGCCCAUUGAUCAUGGGGAGGGAAGUGAUGUUCCAGAUCAGAUGGAAAGUGUAAAAAAGCUUAUAGAAUCUGUUAAGAAAGCAAAAGAGGCUUCACAGUAUACAGAUAAUGUCAAAAACUUAAAACAAGUGUUGAAUCAGCUUCAUCAUCACAGCACUAGUUUGCUUAGAGUAAGAGAUGCAUCCACCUGUGAAGCCACAUCUGCAAGCAUCAAGGAAUUAAUGGGCUGCCUUCUGAGCCUGCACAAAACCAUGACAUUGGUCUGGGAUGUGGAGGAGAAUAAUCAGCUGGAAGAAGACUGUACUCAGGCUGCCUCUGCCUUCAGCAAACUAUGUGUACAGUUAGGGAUGGACACUGAGAAACUGGAGCAGUUGACUACAGCAUUGGAGAAAUUGAAGGAAGAGCUAGAGCACAAGGAGGCCAAGGCACGGGAGGAACACCAAGCUCUAAGUACAAAAUAUGAAGAAAUGAUACAAGAAAAACUGAAACAGGUGGAACAUCUACAUGAAACUAUUGCAGAGUAUGAGAAAGAUAAGAAUGAAUUAGUUAGCUCAUUGCAUGAGGAGCAAGCAAAGUCUGUUAAACACAAGGAAAAAAUAUCUAAUUUGGAGGCAGAGUUGCAGGCUUUGAAAAUUAAGGAGAUUGAGCUGAUAAGGCAGAUAGAUGAAAAUAAAGAAAAAGGGAAAGCUGUCAGUGAUAUAAGUCAAAAGCUAAGUUCUCUUGAGGUGGAGAAACAAACUCUGAAGUGUAAAUGGGAUGAGUGUGUUGCAGAAAAUGUUAACCUAAAACAAUCAUUGACUAAACGGGAGGAGGAUUUGCAGUGUUUAUGUCAAGAAAAACAAAAUCUUGAAUCUACCAUAAGCAAUCAAGUAAAGGAAAUAGAGGAUUUUAGAGCAACUGUGAAAGACUUGAAUGAACAGAGCAUUAGGAGUCAGGAAAAUAUGAGCUCAGAAAAAACAGACUUGGAAAAACAAAUUUUUAGAAUCUCAGAGGAAAGACUUGCGCUAGAAAGAGAAUUUGAUGCUUUAGCCACAAAUAAGAAACUAGCAGAAGAAAACCUAGUGAAAGAGAGGAAAAUAUUGGAAGAAAGGAUAGAAAUACUAAAUCAAGAACAAGAGAGUACAAUAAAAGCUUCAGAAAGCUUGAGAGAUGAAAAUAAUAGUCUGCAAGGAAAAGUAGAAGAGCUUGGAACACAAGUGGAAAAUUUGCAAAAAGAAGUUAGCCAUUUGCAAGAAGAAAUGCAGAAGACUGAGGAGAAAAUUCAGGCUAUGAGCUGUGAAAAGGAUUCUUGCGAAAAGGCGCUGAAGGAAGCAGAGAAUCAGAAGCAGCAGCUGGAUACCUCCUUGAAGGCCUCAGUCCAUCGGUGUGAAGAGCUCCUGGAGGAACUGAACCAGAUGAACAAGGCUCUGAGGGAACGAGGGGAAAGGAUAUCCCGGCUAGAGGCUGCUCACCAGGAGAAGAGUGGAGAGCUGGAGACCACUGCUGCUCUCUUGAAGGAACUACAGAGCAAGAUGAUGAGCAGUGAAGCUGAGCUUGCAAGUAAACAGGAGCAACUUGAAACUAUCACUGAACAGUUGCAGUCAGUUGGCCCAGGUACUGCUCCCCCACAGGCUCCAGACACCAGUGCUCAGCAGAUCACCAAACUGGAGGAAAAAAUCAGGGAGCUGGAAUUGGAGAGGAAUAAUUUGAAGAAGGCUGUGCGGCUCCUGGAGAAUGAGGGAUCAGGAGGGCGUGAAGGAGGAAGUGGAGGACAGGAUGCACAGAGUGAGGUCCUGAGUACCAGCACCAUCAGCCGGGCAGAUGACUCCCAGCGUAUGAAGGAGCUUGAGGACACCUUUGAGGAACGAUACAUGAGGCUGAAGAGUGUAGCCAUCAAACUCAAGAAGCGUGUGGCUGAGUUGACGUCACAGCUAAAUGCCUCUGAGGAAGCUCGCAACAAGGCAACUGCUGAAAGGCAAGAGGGUGGCACUAAGGAGAGCAUGAAGGUUGCCUCCAAGACCAUACAGGCAUUGCAAGGUGAGAUUGACAGACUGCAAGAUGAGAUUGACAGUAAGAAAAAAGAGAUGAAAGAACAAGGGAAACAGCUGUGUGCUGCAGCUGAACAAUUAUCAAAUGUCCGAUCUGAACUGGCAGCACGACAGGAGGAGAAUGUUGUUCUAACAAGAACUGUUAAGAACCUUGAAGAAACCAUCUCAAGCCAAGAGGAUGCAGCCACCAGCCUGCAGGGACAGGUUGCUGCACUAGAAAAACGAUUGGUGGCAGAGGUAGAAAAGCAGCAAGUAGUUGAAGAACGGAGAAAGAAAAUGGAAGAAAGGAUGGAAGAGGAAAAGCAAAGAGCAUCCCAGUUUGUGAAACAGCUGGAGGAGGCCAAGCAGGAGGUCAAAACAAAAGCUCUGUUGGAUCUGGAGAUGCGAGACUACGAGCUGACAGUGGAGGAGCUGAAUGGUCAGUUGGCAGAGAAAAAUUCACGCAUCACAAGCUUGGAAUCUGAAGUGGAGCGAGAGAGAGAGCGGUGCAGCAGCCUUCAGGAGCAGCUGGCUCACCUCACCACGCAGGAAGCCACAGAGAGGGAGAGAGCAGAGAAAAUGAAGAAACUGCUAUUGGACCAAAAGACGGAGUUACUUGAGCUGCGUCAGAUUCAGGAGAAGGAAAGUUCUGCCCGUCAGUUGGACCGCUCAUCCAUGGAACGGCUGACUCAGGAGGUGGAGAAACAAAAACUGAUGGUAGCAGAAAUUAGUAGUGAAAAAACUAAAUAUGAAGACUUAUUGAGGCACACAAAGUCAACUAUGGAAAGACAGGUAGAAGUGCUGGAAGAACAAGUGUCCCACCACAAGGAAGAGGCUCAACAACUGAUGGCUGAGAGAAAUUCUUUACACAAUGAAUUUGAAAGUUAUAAAGUGAGAGCUGCGAGUGUGCUGCGGCAAAAGAAGCGUCCAUCAGAGGUCAGCGUGGAGGACCUGCAGUCAGAGAAAGACCAGCUUCAGUCUGAGUGUGCUGCUGCUCAGCUCAAACUGCAGCAGCUACAAUCUGACUUUUCUGCUAUUAAGGCUGAGAACAGCUUCCUGCAGUCUGAAAAAGAGGGAAUGUCCAGACAGUUAGUUUCACUAUCAGAGGACUUGACCAGGAAGGAGAAAUUUUACCAACAGAAAAUGUCAAAUCUUGAAAGUAAGAUGGAAGCUGAGAUUAAGGAAUACCAGUCAGUCAUAUCCAACCUGUCUGCCCAGAAUGAAACACAGAAUUUGAACUUUAAGAAACAGUUUGAAAGUCUGAGGCAGACUCAUAGUCGUGAGGUAGAGGAACUCAGUGCCAAGCUGGAGGAGGCUGAGGAGAAACUGUGGAACCAGAAGAACUCUGUUAGUGGGUCAGCACCAGUGGUUACUGCCAGUCUAACCCCUGGAGCCCCACCUGCCCUUCCACAGUCUCUUCGGCCUGAGGUGGAGCAUGUAGCUGGUGCAGCACCCAGUGGUCUGACCCACCGCCGCCAACCCAGCCAUGGAUAUGAGGAGUCCAGGAUUGAUGUCUCCAACAUGGUCAGAGAGGAAGGGGAGGGUUCUGAGUGGGUAGAGCCAGUGCAGAGAUCUCCAGGUAAAGGUGGGAACUAUAGCCCUCCACCUUUAGAGCAGCUGAUUAGUUCCCCAUUACCUCCUGCCCCAUCACUCCCCCAAGAUGACCAGCUGAGCAUCACCAGUGCUGCCACAGAUGCAGCUAAUAGGGAGCUGACCAGGCUAGAAGCUAAGGUAAAUGCUGCAGAGAUGAGGAUCACACAGCUGACCUCUUUGCUGCAUGAGUCUGAGGCAGAGAAUGCUAAGCUCUCCCAGCUAUCUGAUGCCCUUAAGGAAGAGAUCAGAAGGUCUGCCAGAAAUGAGGACAGAGAAAAACACAUGGAAAACAUGGAAUAUAUGAAGAAUGUUAUCCUCAAGUUUUUGCUGCUGGGGAAUGGAGAGGAGAGAAAACACCUAAUCCCUGUGUUGAAGACAGUCCUGCAGCUUUCCCCUCAGGAGACCUCUCAACUGGAACACAUUGCCACAGGUGAGGAAGGUGAUGGUGCAGGGAGAGGAGGAUGGGGAAAUUACCUUCACCUGUGGUCAAGCCGAUAGUUCCUGUUGUCCAAUCUUCCUGGGCAGAGAAGCAGAGAUUGACGAAGUGUGAUAUUUGGUGAUAAUACAGUGAUUGGGCAGCACUUGGAUCCCCAGUAGUUGGAGCUGUGGUGCCUCUGGAAGUUGAAAAUGCCCAUACGAGUAUGUAGGUACAUCAACCUACCUUCCUUCAUACCUGUUCUGUCCAAGGUGUGAGGUGAUGGUACAUUACAUUUGAUAUACAGGUAGCACCUUUACACUCAGAUUCACAGGUGUUUGUAUCUCCAACUCUCUGAUAACUAGUAGUGUACUUGUGGCCUCCCUGUUGACAAACAGUGUCCAGUCAUGCUCAUUGUCAGAAGAGAAACAUUCCUGUUGCCUGCAAGUUUGUGGGUAAUUCCAUUUUUUUUGUGAUGACCUUGAGUUUCUGAGUAUUAUAAUAGAUGAGAGGAGACUACAAGAUUAAAGUAGUAGUAAUAGUUCAGUAGAAAUCUUGUGUUAUCCCAUCAUCCAUUCAUGCAGAAACACAUUGGUCUUUACAGACUUAGUUUGAUAUUUUUCUGCUUCACCUAGCAGCAAAAUGAAUUUUUCUUAUAGAAGAGGAGACACUGCCAACCUUUCCACUCUCCAGGUAGUGAUGGGAUCCUUAGGUGUGGUGCUUGUUUGCUUCUUGAGAUGCAGUGAUUCUCUUAGUCAAGGGUUAAGAAAUGGCUGUCAAAUAAGAAAUAUUUCCUGCCUUGUAAAUUUUGAAUAGGCAAGUUUGUGUUCAGGACAUUUACAUAUAUCUUAGCUGCCUUCCUUUAUUUGGUUAACUAUCUGGAUGCUAUUACUCUUGUAAAAAGGGAUAUAGAUCCUAUCUUCACAUCCACUUUUACAGAAAUAUUUGAUAUUCACAAGAUUUUCCAUUUACAGUUGCAUCUAUUUGAUUAUUAAUGUUUAAGUGACAUUGAAAGGCAAUCCAUCCCUGUAUAGAAUGUAAAACUUUGAGGCCAAAGAGAGAGAGAGAGAGAGAGAGAGAGGCUGUAGAUAACUGUACAAAAUAUUUGUCGGGGAAAAAAUGUACAUUUUAUUGCAGUGUUUGCAGCAAUUUUAUAUAAUAUAUUUAUUAAUCAACUUAUUUGCGUGAGUUUCUUUGGUCAGAUUAAUGGAUUGCCUCUAGUAAACUGCUGCUGAAUAGCGAGAAACGACUGAAUAAAUAAAUAAAUAGUAAUUAUAUAUAUAUAUAUAUAUAUAUAUAUAUAUAUAUAUAUAUAUAUAUAUAUAUAUAUAUAUAUAUAUAUAUAUAUAUAUAUAUAUAUAUAUAUAUGUAUCGAAUGUACGUCGUGUGCGAACCCGCAUGUAAUUGCCAAGCAGCAAGCAGUUUGCUUUCAAGAAAGAGAUAGGACCAACACCUUAUGCUUAAACACACACACACACACACACACAUUGUUCGUCUUCUUAAUGAUGAUAGCUUUCCUAGCGUGCUCAAAGAUCGCCAAAGUGAGCAGUUACUGUCUACGAGCAAAAUCUCGACCUUAGCAUAGGGCAGGCUAUAAAAUGUAGUGUCUGAGCCCUCAUCGCGAGGGUUAAAGCCAGUGAUCAUGAAACGAGCACGUGACAGUAGUACACACACACACACACACACACACACACGAAAAGUAUUGGUGUGAGACAGUGAUGUUUAUAUAUCUGUAUGACGCAUCCUGUAGUUAUGGUUAUGUAACGUGUAAGAAAGUCGGGUUGUAUUAUGUAAAUGCGCUUAUCUGGAAAAUUACCUUGCACAAUAAAGUUGAUACAAUAUAA